GGUACAGGUACAGGUACGGGUACAGGUACAGGUACGGGUACAGGUACAGGUACGGGUACAGGUACAGGUACAUAUGAUAUGUUCUGGAUUAUCAUAGUAGUAUCAACAACAGUGUUCGUAGUCAUCAUUAUUGGCCUCGCUGUCUACACCUGUUCCCUCAAGACCCGACUAAGUGCUGGCUACGAUCUAGGCCUGAGGGACACCCACCAGGAGGCAGCCCAUGACCUACACCGAUGGGUUUCUCAAGCAUCACCCCACGACAACCAGGGGCAGACACAGGAGGCAGCCCACGACCUACACCAGUGGGGGCCUGAGGGUUCCACAUACAGCAGCGACAACAGCCUGUACAUGGCCUUUACUGCCGGAAAGGAUGAUGACUAGUGUGGCAGUGCCCUUGUAUACAUUGGUGUAUAUUUCAAUAUUCAUGUCCCAAAUUCAGGCCAUGAAAAUUAAAAACAAAUUUAAAUGGGAGAAAUGCACCAAAAGUCUUAAUCAUACUUAAUAAACUGUACAUAAUUAUUAUCAAAUAUUUAAUCCAGUAACUACUUCCAUGUUUUACAUAUUAGUGGAAACUAUUCGGCAAUAUUUACUUUAUGUUUAUUAUUUGUGUUUGUCUACAAAUUCUUGCCGAAAAACAAACAAACAAACAAACGAAACAGAAACAAAUAAAAAUCUGAAUGGAGUAAAAGCUUAUGUCU